AUUCAUUCUGAUUCAUUAACAUUCCUGCCACAUAUUUCCACAAAGAACCGGAGUGGACGGCAGAACAACAGGCACAGAAAAGAGGUAAUGAAAUAUAGUGGACUGGACUAGAACAAGUUGAUGAACAGAACAUCACCGGCUGUUAUGGUGUUGCAAUAGAGAUGCACACACACUAUGAUCUAAAGGUUCAGAGUGGUGAGUCAGCCCUCAGCAGAGUGGAACCCCUCUCCUCACCUACAGAGCACAGAGCUGUCCACCCCCCACACACCCCACCGCUCUAUCCAAACCCUCUAGGACAGACAGGAUCCCCACUCCUCUGGACAGGAACCCCCUUUUUGUUUACUGUGAAUCAAGAGAUAAGGUGAUGAUGUCAGAGGACAGCUGUUGCCGAAUAUGCUGCAGGGGGGUAUAUAGCUGCUACUGGAGGCACCCCAGUGAGAGGAUACGAAAAUGCUCCCGCUGCAGGUUGUCAGUCCUUACCGCUGUGUCCCUCCUCACUCUGUUCUGGAUGUACGUCUGUCUGAUGGCCUUCAAUGACCGCGAGGAUGUUAACUGGAAGGCCUUUUCCAUUCUGAAACUGUGGGUGAACUGGUUCAUGGUGCUAAUCAUCAUCUCUGCUGUGUUGACCAUCUACUGCACCCUAUUACUGGUCUUUGCGCUGUUCCAACUUGCCUUGAAAGAGCCUUUGGACUUACACUGUCUGCACAAGUUGUUCCUGUUUUUAGGUGUGGUCUUCAUCACCCUGGGCAUCGCUGGAAUAAGUCUACAGUGGAAAGAAGAGUGGCACACGGUUCUUCUGUCACUGCAGGCCACGGCUCCAUUCCUACAGAUGGGAGGGGUUGGAGCCCUGACCCUGGUCAGCUGGCUGGUGUUCCAGGGCUUCCAUAGAUCCCGCAGAGUAGCCUCUAAGAUCCUCAUCAUGGUAGUGUUUGCUGGCGUGUCAGUGGCAAUGUUCCUCAGCCCACUCCUCAUCCAAUCCCCUUGUCUGGUGGACGAGAAACAGCUGCCCCCUAAACCUGCCCUCUUUGGUCAUCGCGGAGCACCAAUGCUGGCCCCAGAGAACACCAUGAUGUCGUUCAGGAGGAGUGUGGGGUGCAACGUGACUGCCUUUGAGACGGACGUGCAGCUCAGUAAGGACAGAGUUCCUUACCUGAUGCACGACAACGGCAACCAUUUCCUGAGGAGGACUACAGAUGUUCUACAGAAGUUCCCUGGGAAAGACUUGAACCACAGCACAAACCUCACCUGGGAGGAGCUACAGGAAUUAAACACUGGUGAUUGGUUCCUGAAGACAGAUCCAUUCCGUUCAGUGUCCCAGCUCUCAGAACAGGAGAAGAAGACAGCUGGGAACCAGAGUGUUCCCUCUCUUCUGCAGCUGCUUGACCUGGCCAAGACUCAUAACACCUCUGUCAUCUUUGACUUGAAGAAUGACAACAACAAUGACACUAAUGACACUGUGAAAACCAUCCUCAACUCUGGCAUCCCCCACGACAAGAUCCUCUGGCUUCCCCCCACACAUAGGGAGGAUGUGAAGAAGGUUGCACCAGGGUUCAAACAGGUUUACAACAAUGUGCUUGAUAUGAACCAUGAUGGAGCAGAUUAUCUGAAUGUCAAGUACAGUGCGUUGAGCGUCGCAGAGAUCGGGGAGCUUCGGAACAGGAAUGUUUCGGUGAACCUGUGGGUGGUGAAUGAACCAUGGCUCUUCUCUUUAAUGUGGUGCUCGGGGGCCAGCUCUGUGACCACCAACGCCUGCUCUGUCCUACAGGACAAGAACAAGCCUGACUGGACAAUGGGACGUGAUACAUACAGAUGUAUAUGGAUCACAUUGGACCUGGGGUCAUUGCUCAUAAUGUUCACACUCUUCAUCUUAAAUAGGACACAAGAGCAUCAUAUAAAGAGACAUUCUAUAAUGAGGAAGUGGAAUAAUGGUUUGUGUCUGAUUGUCUCUAGAAGAAAAGAGAUGCACACAUUUUCUGCUUUGGAAUCAAGAGAGCUAUCUUCCUUCUUACCAUCCGAAUAGUUCAGCUUGGAUCCAGAAAUCCAUCCCACCCCACCCUACUGUCUGAAUGGCUCAGUCUUGAAUCAGGAAGUAAUUAGGCUAAUUGAAAAGACAGUAUCUAUAAAAAUGUGUGGAUCACAUGCAUAAAGUACAUUUUACAUUCAUUAUGAGAAUUUAUGAGCAAAGGUGAAAAUACCACAUGGGUUGCCACAAGGAUGGCCAUUCAAGAAGUCAUUUCAUUGUCAUUUUAUUUCAAUAUAUUUUAAAUAUUUGUAAAUAGUGUUUUCCUAUAGAAAAUGUUUGCGUGACACUGUAUUUGUAAAAAAAAAUAUUAUUUGUUCACUGUAUACAUUAAGUUUACAUUAAGUCUUAUUUGGAAACUACUGGUGUUGGGUUCACUGAUAAAUGUCAGCACUAUUUCCACUGGGGCUUACAUUCUGAAUGAGAGAUUUACAAAAUGAUCACAAAUCAUCUUAUAGCCUAUUUUUUAAAUAAAAUGUUAUCUGGAUUUGACACCUGUCUGUGUGUGUGAACGCGACCGUGUGUGUACGCGCCCGUGCGUGAGUGAGUAGUUGUGUGCGUGAGAGACAGAGCGUGUGUUUCAGAAAAUUACAUGUCAUGAUUUAUUUAUUUAUUCUGUUUGAAUAAAAAAAAUGGAAUGUG